AUGAAGAGGCUAGGUUCUCCAGGUGGCGGCGUAUCUCCACCUCCGCUCCGACGCAAAGUCGAGUCAACAACGACCAAAACCGCGGUCGCCUCCUUUUUCACCCCAACAUCCCAGAAGAAGCCGGAAAAGGUUUCAUGGAGAAUCGUCAACAAGAGUCUGGUUGCUGGGAAGUACGCUUCGGAAUCGAGCGGACAUGGACAGACGCCGGCAGGAAAGAGGCGAAAGGUUGCAGCGUUUGACUUGGAUUCAACGUUGAUCGCUACAGCCUCUGGUAACCGAUUUGCGCGAGAUGCUUCAGACUGGAAGUGGUGGAAUACCAAGGUACCAGAAAAGCUGAAACAACUCAAUGCCGAAGGCUACCAAGUCAUUGUCCUCUCCAAUCAGAAAAAAAUAAGUCUUCAAAAUGAGCUCAAAGGCGGACGAACCGAAUCCAAAAGCUUGACGAUCUUCAAACAAAAGGCUCAAGCUGUCAUGCGCCAGCUCGAUAUCCCCCUUAGCAUAUACGCAGCUACGCAGUACGACGAGUAUCGGAAGCCGAGGAUAGGCAUGUGGAAGGAGUUUUUGGACGAUUACGAUUUGGAUAUCGAUGGCAGACUGGAUUUGAAGGAAUGUUUCUUUGUGGGCGAUGCGGCUGGACGGCCUGGUGAUCAUUCCUGUGUAGAUCGCGACUUUGCUUCCAAUGUCUCCAUCAAGUUUCACACGCCGGAGGAAUUCUUUCUUGAUGCUAGUCCUGCGCAAGUCAUACGGCAAUUCGAUCCUGUGUCGUACAUUGAUAUUGACCCCGAUACACCUGCUAUAUCAACCUUCUCAAAGCGAAGCUCCCUCGAACUAGUGAUAUUCUGCGGCAGUCCCGGCGCAGGCAAAUCGACAUUCUACUGGAAGCAUCUGAAGCCGCUAGGAUACGAUCGAGUGAACCAGGACACGCUGAAGACGCGCCAAAAAUGCAUCAAAGUCGCAAAAGAGCUUUUGAGCGCCGGCCGAUCAAUCGCAGUUGACAACACGAACGCUAACCUCGAAACACGCGCCUACUGGAUCCAAAUAGCCCGCGACUUCAACAUUCCAAUCCGAUGCAUCUACUUCACCGCGCCCCCAAGUCUAUGCAAACACAACGACGCCGUGCGCGCCGCGACUCCAUCAUUCAACCCCGAAUCUCGCCCCCUCCUCCCCGGCAUCGCCUUCGCCGAUUUCGCGCGUCGAUUCGAAGAACCCUGCCUCUCCGAGGGAUUCGAAGAUAUCACACGCGUAGAUUUUAGAUUUGAAGGUGAUACAGAGGGGAAGAAGAUUUGGGGGCAGUUUUGGGUUUGA